AUGUAUCCUGCCACAACCUCCCCACCGAUUCUACUUCCUAGAAGUAGUCUCACAUCCCAUGAGAGUGAUGUUUGUGUUGUGAGUGCCUUAGGAUACCUCCCCGCGGAAUCGGUUUCAAAAGCUUACUCCGCGGAAGAAAUUUGUCAGAAAACUGCUCUACCCGCCGGCCGACGGAUUACCAUCCGCAAAUCCAGCUCAACUGGCCUGCUCACACCGAACGAAGCGGAUAGUUUGAUGAAGAGUUGUAAUUGGAUUCGGUCUAUCAAGAUGGCUAGUGAUGUGAGGAGUUAUAACGCCAUGCUGGAAUUGACCCCCGAUCAGCUUAUAAGGCUCCGAUUGACGACGGAUGUUGAUGCGGAAGAGGAACUCAGAAUGUGGUUUUCCGAGGAUGUCAGUGCAAACAUGCAGAUACCCUUUCUAACACCUGCUAAUAUUCAACGUCAGAACUGCUACGUUUGUCACAUUUGCCGAAAGUCCUACGAAUACCCGAAUCCUCUCAAGCUUCACCUAGCCACCGCAUGCGGCCAACAAUCGACCAAUGUUCUCUGGCAGCGACUACUACACAGCAUCGCUCGUUUCAGUUUCAACCCAGAUUGCAAUUUCCAGCCGUGGAGAAGCUCUGCCUUUCGACCCGUUCUAAGCUCCAACGCAAUGAAAGUGGAACUCUCUCCACCUCACCCGCUACCAGCGUUGAACAGUUCACCACCCUUGGAACAGCCUCUCCUUCAUCACCGCCUUCAUCAUCAUCAUCAUCAUCACCACCAUCUCCCGUUGGUCGACGAAUCCACCAUGGUAACGGCCGCCCACCUGGAAACCAUCGUUAGCAACAUGGGAUCCUCGAAACAGGGUCAUAUCUGUAUCUACUGCGGAAAGCUGUACUCCCGUAAGUACGGACUGAAGAUUCACAUACGAACCCAUACCGGGUUUAAACCGCUCAAGUGCCAGUACUGCUUCCGACCGUUCGGUGAUCCCAGCAAUUUGAAUAAACACAUUCGUCUACACCGACAGCACGAUAGUUCCUUGUACGAGUGUAAUCUGUGCGGGAAAAAGUUAGCGCGGAGAAGGGACCUGCAGCGACACCUGCAGUCGAGGCACAAUAGUAAUCAGGUGAUCGAGAGCUCCACUUCCGAGGAGGAAGAGGAAGUGGCAUGA